AUGCGCGAACUUGUCAAGAGCUUGAUAUUUGACCAGAUCGAACAUAAUCCCAGCAAGAAAUUCAGGGAUAUUGUUAGAGAAUUCAAAAGUGAUUAUGGGUUAGAAUUGAGCUACGAUCAGGCGCAUGCCGGGAAAGAAUUAUGUUUGAAGGAAUUGUAUGGCGAGGACACUAAAUCAUACACCGACUUGGUUUGGUGGUGUGAAGCCGUGAAGAAACACGAUCCAGGUAGUAGGGCUGAUUUAGUUAUUGAAGGGGACCAGUUUAAGAGUUUGUUCUUAGCCUUCGAUGCUUGCAUCUCGGGUUUCGAAUAUUGUCACCCGAUAUUGUUCUUGGAUGCAACUUUCCUAACUGGAAAAUUUAGGGGUUGUCUUAUGGCGGCUACCGGGAAGAAUGCGAAUAAUGGAAUAUUUCCUCUGGCAUACGGUAUCUUAUCAGGUGAAACUAUUGAGAAUUGGCAUUGGUUUUUGGAGAAACUAAAAACUAUCUUGGGUCCUCGUAUACUAACUAUUAUUUCGGAUCGCCAUGAGGGUUUGAUCCAAGGAAUUCGUGAUGUUUUUCCAACUUUCCAUCAUGGUUGGUGUUACCAGCAUUUGAAGAAUAGUGCCCGCGGUAAGACCAACAAGAAAAAGGGAGAGCAUGGUGCUGCAAUGGAUUUAUUCAAACAAUGUUUCUAUUCAUCAACGUAUGAAGUCUUUCAUCAAGGUAUGCAAAAGUUGAAGUAUAUGGGAUGUGAUGGUCUUCACAAAUUCUUGAGUGACCUUCCAGUAGAAUGUUGGUCCAAUGCACAUUGUCUGGGCUGUCGUUAUGGCGACAUGUGUUCAAACAUUGCAGAGUCGUUCAACUCUUGGAUUAAGGAAGCAAAAGGUAUUCCUAUUGCAACACUUGUCAACUGGAUUAGACUUAAAAUUAUGGAUCAGAUGAGUAAAAGGAAUUUGAAGGGGGCGACGUAUAAAGGAUUCAUUUGUCCCAGGCUAGAGAAAAAAGUGAUGGCUUCCAUUCGUGCUAGUGUCCAGUGGAGAAUAACCAAGUCUGGUGACAUGGAGUGGGAAGUUUUUGAUGGAAAACACAUGUAUGUUGUUAAUAUUGCGAAGUUUCAAUGCAGCUGCAGGGUUUGGUUUACUGAGCAGUUGCCUUGUGAUCACGCUAUUGCGUGUAUGCAUUCAAAUAAGAUCAAUGUUUACGAGUACAUUAAUCUGUAUUUCAGCAUUGCUAGCUUCCGUGCUUCGUAUGAUCGUCCUAUCAAGCCCAUUCCCGAUUACGACAAGCCUAUUGAUGGUGCUACUGGAGAUCUCGUGAACCCACCAACUGUCCUAGGAAAAAAACCUGGUAGGCCGAAGAAGAAGCGGAUUCCUAACACUGGUAGCGCAAGUUUCAAGAAACCAAUUACGUGCGGUAACUGCCAUACUCAGGCACAUCAUAACAAGACGACGUGUCCUCAUCCUCCUGCGAAAAAGCAAUGUUAA